UCGGUAAUGUAACAUUUUUCCAAUUCUUAUCGAACUCUUAACAAGUUUAGUUGCAUAAAUAGAUAGAAACAAUCGCCCUUGUGUCGGAAAAUGCGCGGUAGUGUAAUAUUCCAGCAAAACCGUGCCCUGGGCUACGUGAGCAAUCACGUUCAGGCCUACGUGCGGUACAUCGAGAAGCGCAACGAGAAUGUCAUAACAACCUGCGUGGGUAAGUCGUUCCAUGUGUACGGUGCCAAUAGCUUCCGACUGAUUCGGGUCGGAGGACUGCACCCGGAAGAUAUAAGCUGCAUCGCGGCGGACGGGUUCUUGACCUAUGUUGCCAGUGGAAAUGUGAUCUACGGCUGGAGAUCGAGUACACAGCUACGUAAGACGUACAAAGGGCACGAGAAGCGAGUGCACCUGCUGCUUCCAUUUGGGAAGCAUCUGCUCUCGGUGGACGAGGGAAGUUUGCUAAAGAUUUGGUUCGUUGGCACGGAGGAGGUUUAUCUGGAGAUUCCAUUCAACAAUGAGCAGUUCGAAAUUUCGGCUCUGAUGCACCCGGCUUCCUAUAAGAACAAGAUUUUGCUGGGAAGUAGCCAGGGUGGACUGCAGCUUUGGAAUAUAAAAAAUGCAAAGCUGGUGUAUACUUUCAAGGGGUUUGAUAGUAAGGUUGUGGUUUUGGAGCAAGCCCCGGCAAUUGAUGUGGCGGCUAUUGGUCUCCAAAAUGGAAAGAUCGUACUGAUGAAUCUAAAGUUUGAAGAAACAAUCAUAGAGCUGACGCAGGACUGGGGACCGGUGACGGGGAUUACGUUCCGCACGGAUGGGCAUCCUAUUAUGGCAACGGCUAGCACUAAUGGUCAGGUAACAUUUUGGAAUCUGGAAGAGCAGGCGAUCGUUUCUACGUUGUUGGCUCAUGAUGAUUCCGUUACGAGUCUUCAGUGCUUUCCGAAUGAGCCUUUGCUGCUGACAACAUCCCCGGACAACUCGAUGAAGCUUUGGAUUUUCGACUUACCGGAUGGUGGUGCUCGACUACUGAGAAUUCGCGAUGGACAUGGAGCUCCUCCAACGUGUAUUCGCUAUCAUGGUUCUACAGGGCAACACAUACUGUCUGCUGGGGAGGAUUCCUCCCUCAGGAUUUUCAGUACCAUUUCAGAAACAUUGAAUAAGAGUCUUGGUAAGGCUAGCUACAAUCGUAAGGCCUCGAAAAAGCAUCGAAAGGGGGAGGAUCCUUUCCGGAUGCCGGCGAUCAGCUUGUUCACCUCAGAGACGACCAGGGACAAGGAAUGGGACAGCAUUGCUGCUGCCCAUGUUGGACUGGUCCAGGUCACUACCUGGUCAUUCGACAAGUGUAGGAUGGGUGAGCUAAAGUUGAUACCGGAAGUCUUUCAGAAUAAGAAUCGUACUGAUUUUGGAGUAACUGCCACGGCACUUUGCCUGAGCCAUUGUGGUAAUUUCGUUACGAUUGGUUACUCCAGUGGACACUUGGAACGAUUUAACAUUCAGAGUGGAAUACACCGGGCGACCUAUGGAAAGCCACCGGCGCAUGACGGCGUGGCAGUGCGAGGAAUUUCCAUGGACAACCUGAACCAGUUCGUGGUUUCCGGUGGAGCAGAGGGAAAGCUCAAGUGGUGGCUUUUCAAACAGAACACUAACAAACCGGUGUGCAGUUUGCAACUCGAGGAACCGGUGUCUCUAUUUAGUACCCACCGCGAAAGUGCCAUGAUUGUUGUUGCACUGGAUGAUUUUACGGUACUGAUUGUGGAUUCGGAUAGCCGUGCGGUCGUAAGGAAGUUCGUCGGUCAUAAGGGACCUAUCACCGAUGCUUGUUUUUCGCCGGAUAGUCGUUGGCUUCUUACGGCCAGCCGAGAUUGCACCGUUAAAGUAUGGGACAUCCCAUCCGCGUAUCUUGUCGAUCAUUUCCGUAUGCCUCAGGUUUGCACCUCUCUGAGUAUGUCGCCAACGGGGGACUUCCUGGCAACGACGUACGUAGACAACAAGGGAAUUUACCUGUGGGCAAACAAAACUCUUUUCUCGCACGUGUCCCUCAGGGCAAUCAAACCGGAUGCCGAAGCCCCGUUGAUGAACCUCCCGGCAACGAUUUCCGACGAAAACGCGACGGCAUUGAUCGAUGAGACCGAGAUGGAAAUCGACGACCUGGAAGAUGCCAUGGAAGAUAUCAAUCUCAACUAUGAGAGUCCACCACAACUUUCGCGGGAAUUGAUUACAAUGUCCAACUUGGCUGCCUCGCGUUGGCAAAAUCUACUCAAUUUAGACAUCAUCAAAAAGCGAAACCGCCCGAAGCAAGCACCGCAGAAGCCAAAGUCGGCACCAUUCUUCCUGCCGACUGUUUCCGGAUUGGAUUUCCAAUUCGAUUUGAGCGAAGCACUAGAUCAACAGGCGGACGAUUCGUCCAGGAUUGUAAAACAGAAACAGGUGGAACAGUUGACCAGUUUCGGGAAGCUGCUAAAGGACGCCGUGUCCAAUGGCGAUGAGGAGUUCAUGAAGGCGAUCAAUUUUCUCCAAAAGCUGGGACCCUCCAUGGUGGAUUUCGAAAUUCGGAACCUUAGUCCCUUGGACGGGGGCAGCGGAAGUGUCUCGGUGAUGAAUGCUUUCAUGCGAAUGAUUGUGGCACUGCUGGAGAGCAACCGGGGUUUCGAACUGGGCCAGAGCUGGCUGAGUGUAUUCCUCAAGAGCCAUGGGCGAACCAUUGUGGAUAACGAGGAGCUGAGGGCAAUGCUGGACGAGGUAGAACAGGCGCAGGCCAAGGGGUGGAAUUUGUUGGAAGAACGAUUGCUCUACGGGAUGGGAGUGGUUAGUAGUCUGAGGAACUUCAAUGUUUGAAGUCGUUUUGA